AGAAAAAGCAACCCAGUCAAAUGACUGGCCUGCACAGUGAAGAAGUGUCAGAGUGAGACCUCUAGUGUUCUCAAAGUUGGACUCUGCUCUUCUUUACUUCUUUAUUUUUUAUUCAUUUAUCUAGGUCACAGCGCUAUGUUUGCUCUCAGAAGUACUCUCCGCCUCGGCCCCAAGCUGUCUAUCCCCGCGUUGGCGAGGCGAGGAUGCGCCGGAGCUGCUAUCCCGGUGGACGAUGUGGUGAACGGACUCACUGACGAACAGAUUCAGCUCAGGCAAACUGUUCGUAAAUUCUGUGCAGAAAAACUUGCACCCCAUGCUGACGAGAUAGACAGGAAGAAUAACUUUGCAGGAAUGCGGGAAUUCUGGAAAGAUAUGGGUGAGAUGGGACUGCUCGGCAUUACUGCUCCAGUGGAAUUCGGAGGCACAGGAUUGGGCUACCUAGAUCACGUUCUCGUUAUGGAGGAAAUCUCUCGAGUGUCAGCGGGUAUCGCCCUCAGCUACGGUGCCCACUCCAACCUGUGCGUCAAUCAGAUGGUGCGACACGCCAAUGAGAAUCAGAUGGAGAAGUACAUGCCCAAAUUAAUUACAGGAGAGCAUGUGGGAGCUUUGGCCAUGAGCGAAAACAACUCUGGCUCUGAUGUUGUGUCCAUGAAACUCAAAGCAGAGAAGAAAGGUGACUACUAUAUUCUCAAUGGCAACAAGUUCUGGAUUACAAACGGACCAGAUGCAGACAUCCUCAUUGUGUAUGCCAAGACUAACCCAGAGGCCUAUCAGAGAGGCAUUUCAGCUUUCAUUGUUGAGAAGGGGAUGCCGGGUUUCUCCACAGCACAGAAGCUGGACAAAUUGGGCAUGAGGGGAUCUAAUACUUGUGAGCUGAUCUUUGAAGACUGCAAAAUCCCUGAGGAGAACGUCCUGGGCUCAUUGAACAAGGGCGUUUACGUGAUGAUGAGUGGUCUGGAUCUGGAGAGGCUGGUACUCGCAUCCGGACCUGUUGGCAUCAUGCAGGCUGUUUUGGACCACGCUGUCCCCUAUCUGCACGUCAGAGAAGCUUUUGGGCAGAAGAUUGGACACUUCCAGCUGAUGCAAGGCAAGAUGGCUGACAUGUACACCAGGCUGACCUCCUGUAGGCAAUAUUUGUACAACGUGGCCCGGGCCUGCGACAGAGGACACUUCAACGCCAUGGACUGUGCUGGAGUGAUCCUCUACUGUGCUGAGAACGCCACCCAGGUCGCCCUGGACGGCAUUCAGUGUUUGGGCGGCAACGGCUACAUCAACGACUACCCCAUGGGACGGUUUCUGCGGGACGCCAAGCUGUAUGAGAUCGGUGCGGGCACGAGCGAAAUCCGCCGCCUUAUUAUUGGACGAUCCUUCAACGCCAUGUUCAAUCCGACUUCCAAAAACCAAUAAGAAAAAGUUGUUCCUGAUCCAUUGGUAUGACAAUAAAGCAGAGCACAGACUGAGGAUUGAGAACAUUUGGUGUUUAGUCGCGCUGCUGGGUUCAAACCCGGAACACCCAAUAUUGACUUUCUCCAGCCUUCCAGGCUUUUUUAUCGCCACACGUACUGUAACCAUUCACUAUUGUACUUUGUUGAAGAGUCCGCCUUCUACCAUGCAAUGCCAGCUCAAAUGGAACACUUGUUUGGCUUCUUUUGGUAGGAAACAACUUCAUCUUGAGUAGGCUCGAUCAGCCCCAUUGUGUUGACAUCUUUCUACAUGGAUUGGAAAUAUGUAGAUGUACAUUAUGUAUGAAAAUUGUUUGCAAUCAAAUAAAAAUUAUUUUAACGUUUUGUCUUAUUUACAUAAAUGCACCUGACAGUAGUUGUCCAUAGAAAAGUGACUUCUUUUUUAUAGUAAAUACAUUUUAAAUCUAGAUAUUAGAUAUUAUUAUUAUUAUAUUAUUUUAGCCAGCAGUCACAUUAGCGAGGGCACCAUUCUAUUAAGUGCUGUAGAAAGCCAUGACGCUAAGAAGGAGCUUGCACCCAAAAUGGAAUGCGUCCAUGAAUAAUGGAACUACACUGGUGCUUUUUCCUGCUUUCAAACGCACACACACACGCACACACACACUGUGACUAUAAAGAGAGGGAAACAGUGGCAUGUCACAUGACGCAUUCCCUAAUUACUGAUAUUAACUGGCAUGCAGCAGAUUGUGGGUUCUACUGGUGUUGUGGGUUCUAUUUUAGAGUCAAUUUUACCUUCACCUGAUAAAAAAUGUGAUUCAAAACUGAGUUGCCAUCUCAUUUUUUUUUUUUAUGUGCAUAAUUGUCACACAAGUAUAAGAAGUUAAACAAUAUAACUAUGGAGUUUUUGUGGAGGCUGAAU